UGGUUCCGUAAACACUUCCCGAAGGACUAGAAAGAGGUUCUUGCUUCAACAGUGAUUGGACGGAGCUUCAUCUGUGUCCCAUUCCAUUUACUACAACAUUUAUUUUUGCACUUUACAUUUCUUAAGAAACCGACAAUAUCAGCCGAAAUGGAGCCUUCUCAGAUCCGUCAGAACUACCACCGCGACUGUGAGGCCGCCAUCAACAAGAUGAUAAACAUGGAGCUUUACGCCUCCUACACCUACACCUCUAUGGCCUACUACUUCUCCCGUGAUGACGUCGCGCUCGAGGGGUUUGCUCAUUUCUUCAAAGAGAACAGUGACGAGGAGCGCGAGCACGCGGACAAGUUUAUGUCCUUCCAGAAUAAGAGAGGAGGCCGAAUUUUCCUGCAGGACGUCAAGAAACCUGAGCGUGAUGAGUGGGGCAGUGGACUGGAGGCCAUGCAAUGUGCUCUGAAGCUGGAGAAAACCGUGAAUCAGGCUCUGCUGGACCUGCACAAACUUGCCCUUGAUAAUGGAGAUGCUCAUAUGUGUGACUUUCUGGAGACUCACUACCUGAACGAGCAGGUGGAGGCCAUGAAGAAACUGGGUGACCACAUCACUAACCUCACCAAGAUGGAUGCCACCAAGGACCGUAUGGCCGAGUAUCUGUUUGAUAAACACACCCUGGGAGGAAAGAGUUAAAUCUGCCCCCCCCCCCCAAAAAAAACAGCAGAACCUCUGUUUAACCUGAGUUAAUGUGCAGUGAUGUGUGGAGGCUGCAACUUGAGCUUAUCUGUCCUGUUUGUCAUCACAUUAUUUAAUAAAUAAAUAAUUUGAGCUGGA